AUCGGCAGCGUCGAGAGCCCGUGACCGAUCGAUCCUCCCCCCGCGUCUGCGCGUCUCCGUCCCUGCGCGCCGCACGCCACCAGAAUCCCCAAUUCCAAUUCGUCUCCGUCUUCCGGGUUCCGACUCCUCCGCCUGUACGGACACCCAUGGCGUACACUACCGUUGCUUAUUAAUCCCCGCUCCCUCUCCUCCACGGCGUCCAUGCCCUAGCUGGUUGCUGCUUUUGCUUCAGGCCAGGGUUUUCCUCCGAUCCCUCGCGGAAUCUCAGUUUCCCCUACGCAAUUUGGCAAUUGCUUUCCCUCUCCAAUUGCAGUUGCGGCGGGGCUAGGCUAGGGUUUCCUCCGCGGCCGUUUGCUCUCGGCAGAUUGAAAUUGGAUUGGCUCGCCGCUUCCGUUAGCAAUCCGAUCCAAUCCAGUCGAGAUGGCCACCACCCAGUUCGCCAUGGUCGAGGAGCUGGCCUCGCUCGUCAAGGACAACCUGCACAGCAAGCACCUCAUCCUCUCCACUGAGGAGGCACUCAUCGCCGCCCUCCAGCAGCUGCGCUGCAGCGACGACGGUGGCCGUGAAGAGGUGGACGAUGCGGCGGACACCAUAGAGCUCCAGCCCGCCGGGGCCUACCACCGCCUCCUCUUGCAUCGCCUUGCUGAAAUCUACGGGUUCGCACAUGAAUCGGUUGGUGAAGGCGAGGAUCGACAUCUGGUCCUCCAGCGCUGCCCUGAGACAGCCAUUCCAUCCGUCCUUGUUAGUGAUAUGUUAUGGAAGUUUGACAACAGUGAUGAUUCCACAUCUGUUGUGAUAACAAGAAAUGAUACAGAUUUCCAAAAGCCUUGGAAGUUAGAUGUCCAAGAAGAUACUUCCGCUAAAAGCUCGCAUCUGAAAGAUGCUACAGAUUUGAAGCCUCUGAAGCAGUCAGUGGUUUCUCCGGCAGUAUCACUGAAGGAGAGGGAAGCUGCUUAUCGAGCUGCUCGUGAGCGAAUCUUCUCUGGGGAUGAUGCCAAGGGAAAUGGUAGAUCAUAUGCAAAAUGUAGACAGGUUCCUGUUGUUGCUCAACGGAUGAUAGCACAUGCACUUGGUCAAAAAGUUCAAAAUUCCACAGAGACAAUUGCCUCGACAGCAGGCAGAGGAAAACAGCUGCCGAACAGACCAAAUAUUCCGACACGUAGUAGGAACAACUAUUACCCAGUUGCACCAGAUAAUAGAGAAGAGAAUAAUGUUCGAAAUGGUAAGCCAAACUCAGCCAGUAGGAAUUCAUAUCAAACUGCAUCCAGCCAAAUGUGCCGCACCGCUAACAGUAGAGCUGCUACUGCUGAGAGCUUGAAGAAAGAGCAGACUGGAGCAGCUAGAAGAAUGUUUGCACAUGCACUGGGGCUGUCUGCAGCUCAAGGAAAUUAUGGUGCACCUCCUAAACCAAAGUAAUCUGGAGAUGAGAUGCUGUGAAUUGGAAAAGCUUGCCAAUGCAUGCUAUGACUGCACUCUUUAUCCUGUCACGCAUAUGGCAUGAGAUGAAUCUGUGAUGGUUGGUGCUCUUUUGUGUUCAUCUGCUUCUGUGAAAUGGCUUUUGUGAUGCUGGUAGCAGAUGGAAGGUCUUCAUGGUUGGAUGUAAACUAUUGGACUGACCGAGAGGAUCUGUGGUCCUGGUUGGAAGAAGAGCGUAGUUUGCCACAUCCUUGUCAAAGCAAUCCCAAGGCCUAAGCAAGCUCAGUUGGGGAAAGAGCUUGCCGGAUGCACAUGGCAUGCCAAGUGCUUCACAGGAGUGGAAGAAACAGUGUCAUCAGUGACACUCAACUAUGUCGUAUGUGUUUUUAUCCAGUCAGCUGCAAUGUGUACUCUUGUAGUAUGUUUAUGGAGAGACACGUAUCACAAUACUGCAAUUAGACUUUACAUUGUCUUUGUUUAAUAUAUGCAGUUUCGACUGCAAUGUUAUUCGGAA